AUGGCUUCCUCUCAUAAGGAGCGGACGAUGGAGUCACGCACGGGAAGAAGCAAGCAGCGUUACAACUCCAAAGGCGAGCGCUUGGUUGCUGGUGUUGUUCCCCUAACCAAGGACAAGCGCUACGUCCUCCUCAUCCAGUCCACCCGUCGGAAGGGCUGGGUACUGCCCAAGGGCGGCUGGGAGACAGACGAGGAGUGCACCGAAGCGGCGGCGCGUGAAGCCUGGGAAGAAGCAGGCAUCACUAUCGAGAUCGACUAUGAUUUGGGAGACAUCGUCGAGACGAGAGCACCGAAGCACUCUAGCAAAGACUCAGCCAAGGCCCUGUAUAGGUUCUACGAGGCUACCGUCACAGCGCAAGAGGAAGCUUGGCCCGAGAGCCACAAGAGGGAACGCCAGUGGAUGACAUACGCCCAGGCCAAAGAUGCGUUGGCAGCUCGACCUGAGCUCCUUGAGGCAUUGACAAGAUGCACUAUGAAGAAGUCAUGA